AUGUCAUAUGACACUGUCGAACAAGACCACCGUAUCCAGGCUAGUGUCUCGAAAUACUUCCGGUUUGUCAUGUUCUCUCACCGCUGGGGAGACGGUGAACCGUCACUACGCGACAUCCAAGGUCACGCAAUAUACGACAUGGCUUCGAGUGCCGGGGGUGUCAAAAAACUGCAGGAGUUCUGUGCUACUGCUUUGAAGCAAGAUUACCUGUGGGCGUGGAGCGAUACUUGCUGCAUAGACAAAGAUAGCAGUGUCGAGUUGCAAGAGGCAAUAGGAUCGAUGUUCGAAUGGUAUCGACAAUCUGCCCUAACGAUCGUGUAUCUUGCCGACGUUCCAGAGACUGGGUCAUUGGCUACAAGCCAAUGGUUCAAACGCGGAUGGACCCUCCAAGAACUGUUGGCUCCUCGCACCCUUUUGUUCUACACUCAAUCCUGGUCGCUAUACAAAAAUACUGAAUCUUCGAAUCAUAAAAAAGAUGCUGCCAUACUAGGAGAGCUUGGGGGGGUCACUGGAAUAGAAUCUCGGUUCCUCACUGAUUUUAGCCCUGGCAUGGAUGAUGCACGCUCCAGACUUCAGUGGGCAUCGUCACGCCGUACCACCCGUCCCGAAGACGUUGCCUACUCGCUUUUUGGGAUUUUCAAUCUCCAUCUACCCGUCCUUUAUGGCGAAUCUUCAGAAUUCGCCCUGGGUCGACUCCUAGGAGAAGUCAUAUCACAGUCUGGGGAUGUCUCGAUGUUGGACUGG